CAAAACAGUUGAAGAUCCAUCCUUUUUAGUUGGAUGUCCGUGUUCAAUGAAAGGUAUAUAUAAGCACAGUAUACGUGCUUGACGGGAAUCAACGGGCGACGUUAUAUAUUUGAUAUUUAUUAUCUGUAUUUGUCGCGCUCAACUAUACGAGCAUACGCUAUCUAUUUAAUUACAUAUGUAGUACGUAUAUAUAUAGUAUAAUAACCGCAGUUCCAUCUACAUUCUGCCCUCCCAUAGUAGCACCGUUAAUGUGCAUCGUGAGAUACUAGUGAGCUCCGUUUAAAGAGAGUGUAGGGUGGUGUGGGUGUGCACACUGCUGGGGAGGACAGACGCACAAGUGAACGGGUGAUGGCAAGGAGUGGAGGUGAUUUUUAGUGAUCUUUAACAAAUGGCUCUGUCCGAGGUGCACAAUUUGGCUGCAAUUAUCGGCAACAAUGGUUUUACAGUUAACAAGAAUAAUAUGGUUGAACGUAACAUUAGCAUGUUGGAACCACGAAAUAAUUAUCCAGCUGACCGUUGCAAUGCAGAAUAUCAUUACUGGAACUAUGACUUAAUGGAAUGUAAUGCCCAAAAAAAUAUGAAUGUGGAAGAUGAAGACAGUCAGGAUUUAAAUAAUUCUAUGGUUAAUGAUUUGGUCUCAAAAAUUCUUGACGAUGAUUCGAUUGUUGGUGACAAUGCUCACAGUAAUAGAUAUAAUGGCGAUAUUCAAUAUCAUUUAGACACACAAUCUUCUAUUAUGGAGAAUAAAAUGGAAAAUAACACAGAUCUUAAUCUUGCUAAUAUAGACCAAUUUAAUAUGCAUUCUACAUUCAGUAAAUUACAAAACAGUGUUUCCAAUAACACUAAACUUGAAUGUAGUUAUAACAAUCUUUGUAGAGAACUUAAAACAUUGAGUCUCAAUACAUGUGCAAGACAAGUAUCAGAGCAAGAGAAUUUAUAUAGUAAUGGAGUUCAUGCAUAUCCGAAUAUGUACUCAUCUGAUUCACAGUCAUAUGUAUUACGUCCAAAUAAUGAAAAUUCAUGUAUUAGUGGAAACACUAUGCCCCUGUGUAAUGACUUGUUAACAACAACAAACGAGACAAAUUUAAAUAAGGAGUCUACUAAUUGGUCAGAAAAUUUAUCCACUACGGGAUAUACAUCAGAUUUAUUUGGAAAUUAUCAACGAAUGCAAAAUUGUACAAAUCCGCAUCUUAAUAUUAAUAUGGCUCUAACAUUGGCAUUAGAUUCUCCUGAUCCAAUUACUCUUAAUGAACUGGAGUAUCAUAAUAAUAUUAGACAAAAUGGUACUGCUAAUACAUAUAGUAACCCUACAGCUACUAUGCAUGAGUUGUGUAGCAUGACUGCCAGUAAUCAAAGUUAUAGACCAAGCUCAGCGAUGACUGAUUUAAGUAUCGAUUCUGGUUUUCUCUCAAAUUCUCCGUUGCAACACUUUUCCCCGGCUGACACAAACCUGCACAAUUGUUUUGGGAAUAAUAUACAACGCAAUAAUGCCAGUGACUAUAAAGAUUUACAAGAUUCGGGUAGAUUAAGCAUGGCAAAUAUCUCUAUACAAAAUGAACAAUUGCAAUUUUUGCAACAAGCUCGUAGUUACAAAUUGGAUCAAGCUGUGGACCAAGAAUAUAAACAACUAAUCGACUAUUAUCCAGGCGUGAACGACUUUACCACAACAUCGAUCAAUAGCUUAGACACAAAUGAGAACUGUCUUUCAAAUAACGAUUACAGAGUUGAUAACAAUUUAUUGAAAAUUAACAGUCCAAAAUCUAAGACUAUCGAGACUAAGACAUAUUCACCAAUUGGAUUUCCAAAGAAUUUAAGUUCACGACAUACACAUCAGUCAAUUGCAAAAUAUGGAUACUAUAAUUAUCAACCUUACACUGCCAAUAACGGCGAGACUUUUAAAAUGUUACCACAGAGUUCUACAUCGUAUCAUGACUUGAAACAGCCUAAUAGCACUAAUACGUACAAAAUGGAAGGAAUAGAUCUUACUAAAAAAAUACCUUUUCCUUCCGUGAGUCAUUUGACCAAUCAAAUCGCAGGGUCUUCAGUGAACAAGAAUACUUUUAAUUACAUUGUAAAACAACGACAUCAUAUGCCAAGAAUACAGAAUACUCCUGGUAUUUCAUCGGGAAAUGUGCUAUUUAAUUCAGGAAUAGUACCAAAUCCAAGCACAGUAAGGUCCGGACUAUUCCCAUCGGUGAUGCCAGUUCCUGUACCACUUCCAGUUUCACGUCUAUUUUCUGUACUCUAUGGUGGUGGUCUAAGUCUCAGAAAUGGAAGUGGGACAGCUAGACGUACAGCCCCUUCAAGUAUACUUCACUUUAGAUUGGAGCAAACCUACAAACAAUUUAAGCAAUUGGAAAAGGAACGAAAGAAAUGCGAAGCUGGGUUAGCUGCUCAUUUUCCUGGCAAAAGAGUAACAAGUGCAAACAAUAUCCCCAUUCCUCGCCUUCAAGGAAAUCCAUCACGUGUAGAUCGUUUAGUUAUCGACUAUUUAAGAGAACAUGCACGUGUCAUAACAUUGAUUGCAAAAAUGGAACAACUGCGAGGGACCACAAUGAAUCGACGCGUACAUAAAGCUAUGGAGUACUGGUUAGAAGCAAUAAAAUUCGUCCAAGAAUGUCGCAAACGAGAAAUCGCCAAUGCAACAAAAUGUCAGAAAGAAAAUCCACCAUGUAUGCUUGUAUAUGAUGAUAAUGAUAUACUAACUUUGGCUACCAGCGUUUACGAAUUGACAAAGGCAUCUCGGUAUGCGCGAACUGGUAUGUAUAACGCAUUACAAGCAACAUUGUUGUAUGACUUGGACAUUGAGAAAAAGGUCGUUGAAACUUCGAAAGAUCCAGUUCUUGUGAUAAAACGCAAUGAAAGUCAGGUAGGCGACUAUUCGAACUGUACCUAGCAAAAUUUCGAAAGGUGCUUCACCACUUCAUGCGACGAAACAUAGACCGAAUCCAGCAGCUUUUUACAUACGUAUUCCGUGUUACGUUUCUGAAAAGCUUUUGCUGGCGUUUUAUCAUAAUUUUAUCGCUGAAAGAACAAAAAAAAAUGCCGCCCACUAAUC